AUGGCCUUGCUUAGGAUACAGCUUUCAUUUCCUCGUAGUUUCAAAUCAGCAAGAACUACAAACAUACAUUAUCCUAAAUCAUCCAGUCUUCCUGCUGGUACUAUCACUGAAUUUGUCUGGAAAGAUUAUAAUCCCUCACUUUUUAGAAACAUACAAGAUCUUGGAGGUGUAAACUGUGAGGAUUACAUGCAAGCAGUAUGCAACCAUGAAACACUUAUGGAAUUAACACAUCGUGGAUGCGGUGGUAAGCCCUUCUAUGUGUCUCAAGAUGACCGAUUCGUCAUUAAAACCUUGCGCAAAUCUGAGGCUAAGGUGUUGAUGGACAUGCUUCCAAGUUACUAUAAUCAUAUUCUAAAUAAUGAAAACUCUCUCUUGGCCAAGUAUUAUGGCCUUCAUGCUUCAAGACCUAGUAAUGGUGGUGAAAAGGUCUUUUUUGUUGUGAUGGAGAAUGUAUUGCGGACAGAAUUGCUUAUAAACAAACGGUAUGAUCUGAAAGGCUCUUCACAAGGAAGAAGUGCCACCAAAAAUGGAAGCCAAGAUACAUUAACAUUAAAAGAUCUUGCAUUUGAUCUUUGCUUCUUUCUUGACCCAACUACUCGAAAUCGAAUCUUAGAGCAAAUCAAGGUAGAUUGCAAAUUUCUAGAGGAGCAAGGAAUCAUGGAUUACAGCUUGUUACUUGGUAUGCAUAUGGAACCAAGACGAGAUUUUGGACUUCUAAUAUAUAAAUCAUACAUCCUUAGUUUUUUCAUGCGUGCAGAUUCAUUGAAAAAUCCUAUACAACUACAAAAUGGCAUUGACCAUCCUCAGGCUUUGGAAUCUAGACAAGUAAAAGUGGACAUGGACCAUUCUCGCGCUGAACUUGUGGAAACUUUUCAUAGGCGAGACCCUACUUUUUCACAUUUUACAUCUGACAGGCCUAAUAUUACAAGAUUUGGAGCAAAAGUUCCAGCAAGGGUGAUGGGUAAAUUGGCUAAAGGUAAUGACAAUGAAGAAAGGGAUAGUCCAUCAAGCACAAGAUCAAGAUCAAGAUCAAGAUUACAUGAUCAAGCUAACAAUGUAUAUUUGUUCAUUGGAAUCAUUGAUUUCUUACAAAACUACACUAUGCUCAAAAGGAUGGAGCAUGCUAUAAAAUCCUUGCAAUAUGAUUCUAAAACAAUUUCAGCUGUGAAUCCUCAGCUUUACUCAACUAGAUUUCAAGAAUUCUUGUGCACCAAAGUAUUCCUAGUCCAAGAUCAUGAGUUUGCUAAUAAUAAUAGUCCUCAACCUCUUCAACUCCAUAGCAAAUCUAUGAGCUAGCUAUUUAACAUGUGUUACUUGGACUCGGGUACUAAUGUCGAAUGCUGAUACGUGUCCAAGUGACGGAUAUGUCUAAAUAUUUGAUUUUACGCCUAAAAUGAAGUGCUUAAGUGACAUAUCGAGCAUCAAGGAUCAAACAUGGAUACGUGAAGCAAAAUAAAAAGUUAUUUAACUUUGUAAACAAACACUAACUUUGUAUAUAUGUUAUUUUCAGCACAAACUUCCUUAAAUGUAUAUUCACGGCCAAUUUGGGUAUUGAUAAUAAAUGGUGGGAAUAGUAAUGAAAAGCUAAUGUAAAU